AUGACGUUAGACUUGGAGGAUGCUGAGUCAUUUUGUGCCACAUCCCUCUCGGGACAUCUGGCGAGUGUUCACAGUGCAGAAGAAAACGCUUUCCUUGGAGGUCUUCAACAACAGGCUUUAUGGAUAGCUCCUGCGGGUCCACCAGGGACGAGCGGACCCCCGGGAACCGUGGGUGGUCCAGGGACUUCGGGUCCACCUGGCACUUCUGGCCCACCAGGCUUAGGAGGGCCUAGCCCAGAAGGUCCUCCUGGAACAAAUGGUCCACCAGGAACAGGCGGUCCUCCUGCAUCCAGUGGUCCUCCGGGAACGGGUGGACCUCCAGCAACAGUUGGACCACCAGGAGCCAUGGGACCACCCGGAAGUAGUGGGCCACCGGGGACUGGAGCACCACCAGGAACCAGUGGGCCACCAGGGACAAAUGGACCCCCCGGAACUGAAGGACCACCAGGGACAGAGGGCCCACCAGGCUCGAAAAGUCCUCCAGGAACUGAAGGACCUCCUGGUACAGGAGGGCCUCCUGGCACGCAAGGAUCACCGGGAACGGGAGGACCCCCAGGGACAGCGGGGUCACCUGGGUCAGGGGGUCCACCAGGUACAUCAGGACCUGUUGGCCGCGAUGGCCCCCCAGGCACUAGUGGUCCUAACGGUGAAGCAGGGCCAAUAGGAAAUGGUGGGCCACCCGGACUGAAGGGUGUUACUGGAACUAUUGGACCACAGGGAACUGGAGGUCCACCUGGAACCCGCGGACCUGAUGGCACAAAUGGUCCACCCGGAAGUAGUGGCCCUCCAGGAACAGGUGGACCACAAGGCAUCAGUGGGCCACCAGGAAGAGUUGGUCCCCAAGGAGCAGCAGGACCUCCAGGCACAGGUGGACCCCAAGGACUAAUUGGACCCAUGGGGACUGUUGGUGCUGCUGGAUCAGCUGGUCCACCUGGGUUAAUAGCGCCUCCUGGACCAACCGGGCUGAGAGGACCACCAGGGACAGCGGGACCAAAAGGACUUCCGGGAACCCAAGGGCCACCAGGUGACGUGAAAGGCAUGAAGGGUAUGAAAGGCAUGACGGGGGCUCCAGGUCAGCAAGGACUUCCAGGGUCUGUUGGACAUCCGGGAGAGAAGGGAAUGCAGGGAGCUGAAGGCCUACCGUUCUUUGGAAUGAAAGGAGAAAAGGGAGUGUCUGACAGAUUUUUCGUGGUACUCCGUGGACGGACAAUAUCUACAACCACAGGACGAUUUGCACGAACAUUACCUCCAACUUCAACGCGCUUUGAGAGUCUUACUACUCCACUGGCUUCACCAGUAAUGACGACCAGUGCAUCCCUGUUCCUUAGAGGUGAUAACCAGAAUAGUACCUCAAGACGUGACAACAGCAAAGAAGACUUCAGUAUUCUGCAACAAAUUAAGGGCGCCAUGGUACAUGAAAUUGUACUAGGAGUAAUCAUAGGAACGGUUUUCCUAGGGACUAUCUACCUCUAUGUAGUCUAUUUUAAGCAAGUGGCGUAUGAAAAACGUGAAAUUGAAAAAAUAAGAAGGAAAUUGGAUGGGAUGAAGCCUUAAGAGGAAACUUUAUUCAAACGCCCAUAUUAAAGGUACAUAUGAACCGA